UUUGGAUCCUUGGCAUGGAACAACAUCAAAUCCCAGUAUUCCCAACCAAAGCUUGAGCUUUAUGGCUUAUACCACACUCUCCAGGCCCUCCAAGUUUUUCUCAUUGGUGCCCCCCAAUUUAUCAUCAAAGUGGAUGUGUCCUGCAUAAAAGGGAUGCUAAAUAAUCUGGACCAGCAAUGUGCUGCAGCCCUCAACUGCUGGGUCAGUGGUAUACACCAGUUUGACUGUGACCUUGUCCACAUUCCUGCCGAAAAACACACUGGUCCAGAUGGUCUCUCC